AUGUCAUUAGAUCAAGACUUGCAACAUUUAAGUUUGAAGAGGGAACCUUCCAAUUCUUCAUCAAUUAACUCAUCUUUAAGUACCAGAGAUUAUGUAAGUAAUCCAUUUAGCGGUAAGAAAGAUCAAUUUGAACAAGUUUUGGAUAUCUUGGAUAAUACUGGUUUCAUUCCUGAAUCAUUAAUUGAAUCAGAAACUAAAUGGUUCUAUGAAUGUUUAGGUAUUGAUGAUGUUUUCUUUGCUAGAGAAUCUCCUCAAGGUAUUGCUAAUCAUAUUCAUUCAUUAUAUUCAUCUAAGGUUCAAGCUUUUGCUAAUUUAGAUCAAAAUUCUUCCGAUAACACGUUAAUUCAAUAUAAACGUGAAGCUGAGGAUCAUGCUGUUUAUUUCCAAACUUCGAAUUCUUCUUCAAGUAGUGUUAAUUUUGAAAAAAUCAUUGAUGAUAAAUACAUUGAUCCUUCAAAUUCUAUUGAAAAUUCUUACAGAGCUGAAUUUUUCCAAACUGAAUUAAAUUUUAGAUCUGAUGCGUUAUUGUCAGGGAUUUUUGAAAAGAACCCUGAAAGUUUGAAAAAUCAAUUAAUUAAAUGUUAUUUCAUUUACAAGAAUACUUACAACAAAAUCUCCAAAUCCAAUGAAAUUGAAAAAAUCGGUGAUUCAACUUUUUUGAAGAUUGCUUCAAAGAACACUAAAAAUUUGUAUCAAGAAAUUAUUAAUAAUGUCUUACAAACCACUGGUCCUGUUAUUAGACAUUAUCCUGUUGAAGAUUCUGAAGAAGUAAGAGUUAUUAUUGGUUUCAGACAAAAAUCAGCUCCAAGAUAUAAUAGUGCUUUAUCCGAUUUGACUAAUUAUUAUAAUUUGAAAAUUUCAAGAAAAUAUGUUGAACAAUUUAGUAAUGGUGUUACUAUAAUUUCCAUGUAUAUCAAUUCCAACAAUAGGAAGAAUCCUGUAGAUUUAUCCAUCUAUCAAGUUAUCAAAGAAGCUUCCUUAUUAUAUACUAUUCCACAUAAUUAUUUCCAUGAUAUUUUCGUUAAUGGUAAAUUUUCAAUUCAAGAAAGUAUUUAUGCUCAUUGUGGGGUUAUAUUUGUAACUCAUUUUUUGAAUCGUUUAGGUCCAGAAUAUACUAAAUUAUCUUCAUUAUUGGAUCCUUCAAAAUCAAUUCAACAUGCUGAAGUUUUAAGUUCUUUGAAGAAAAGAUUAAGAUCAGAAACUUAUACUCAAAACUUUAUUCAAGAAGUUUUCCAAAACAGAAUUGAUAUUGUUAAGAAAUUAUAUAGAAAUUUUGCUGAUAUUCAUUAUAUUAGAAGUUCUAUGGAAAAGACUUUGAGUUAUCAAAGAAUCAGUCAAAUUACACCUUUCAUUAAUGAAGAAGAAUUUGAAAAAAUCUUAAACAGAGAAUGUUCUCAAAACGAACACGAUGUUUUAGUUUUAAGAGCCCUUUAUGUUUUCAAUAAAUCCAUCUUGAAGACCAACUUUUAUACUUCAACUAAAGUUGCGUUAUCAUUCAGAUUGAAUCCUUCAUUUUUACCAUCAACUGAAUAUCCUGAAAUUCCUUUCGGUAUGUUCUUCAUUGUUGGAAGUGAAUUCAGAGGUUUCCAUAUCAGAUUCAGAGAUAUUGCAAGAGGUGGUAUAAGAAUUGUCAAGUCAAGAUCUGUAGAUGCUUAUAAUGUCAAUGUUCGUAAUUUAUUUGAUGAAAAUUAUAACUUAGCAAGUACCCAACAACGUAAGAAUAAAGAUAUUCCUGAAGGUGGAUCCAAAGGGGUUAUCUUAUUAGAUCCUGGUAUGGCUCAAGAUAGACCUCAAGCCAAUUUUGAAAAAUAUAUUGAUUCUUUGAUCGAUUUAUUAUUAAAACAAAAUAUUCCUGGUGUGAAGGAUAACUAUGUUGAUUUAUAUAACAAGCCUGAAAUUUUAUUCUUGGGUCCUGAUGAAGGUACUGCUGGGUAUGUUGAUUGGGCAACAUUACAUGCCAGAGCUAGAGGAGCUCCUUGGUGGAGAUCUUUCACUACUGGUAAAUCUCCAGAAAUUGGUGGUAUUCCACAUGAUGAAUAUGGUAUGACUAGUUUAUCUGUUAGAGCUUAUGUCAACAAAAUCUAUGAACAAUUAGGUAUAGAUAAUGCCAAAAUCAGAAAAAUUCAAACAGGUGGACCAGACGGUGAUUUAGGUAGUAAUGAAAUUUUAUUGUCUAGAGACGAAAAAUAUGUUGCUAUAGUUGAUGGAUCAGGGGUUAUUGCUGAUGUUAAUGGUUUGGAUAAAGCUGAAUUGAUCAGAUUAGCUAAAGAAAGAAAGAUGAUUGAUCAUUAUGACACAUCCAAAUUAUCAUCAACAGGUUUUGUUGUAUUGGUUGAUGACGUUGAUAAGGAGUUACCUAAUGGAACCGUUGUCACCAGUGGUGUCAGUUUCAGAAACACUUUCCAUUUGAAAGUUGGUGAAGUUUUAGAUAACGAUGCCAUUGAUUUAUUCGUUCCUUGUGGUGGUAGACCUUCAGCCAUUGAUACUAACAAUGUCCAUGAAUUAAUUGAUCAAAAAACCGGCAAGUCUAUCAUUCCAUAUAUCGUUGAAGGAGCCAAUUUGUUCAUCACUCAAUCAGCCAAAUUAAUCUUAGAACAUGCUGGUUGUGUAAUUUUCAAAGAUGCUUCCACUAACAAAGGAGGUGUGACAUCUUCAUCAUUAGAAGUAUUAGCUGCUUUAUCAUUUGAUGAUAAGGGAUUCUUAUCACACAUGUGUGUAGGAUCUGAUGGUACUGUACCAAAAUUCUAUCAAGAAUAUGUUAAACAAGUUCAAAAAAUCAUCGUUAAUAAUGCCCAAUUAGAAUUUGAAUCUUUAUGGGCUUUAAAUAAAUCAACCGGUAUAACGUUUACUGAAUUAUCAGAUAAGUUAUCUGUAACUAUCAAUAAGUUAGCUGACGAAUUGGCCAAUUCAAAUGAGUUAUGGAAUGAUGAUAAGAAAUUUAGAAAUGCUGUGUUAUUAGAUUCUUUACCAGAUUUGUUAUUGAAUGAAAUUGGUAUUGAAAAGAUCUUGUUAAGAGUUCCAGAAACUUACUUGAAAGCACUUUUUGCUUGUCAUUUAGCUUCAAGAUUCGUUUAUUCCAGAGGUAUUGAUUCCAAUCCUGCCAAAUUCUUAGAGUUCAUCUCUUCAAUUAGAAAGGAUUUUGUUAGUAAGGGUUAUCUUUAG